AUCAAAUAUCUUAGAUAUAUGACAUUUGCUUUGUUGUUUAACUUGAGAAGAACUUCCGUUCCCCCUUCAAGCCUAGAGGGCAGAGGAGACAGGAGAAGGCCCUCUGAGCUGGAGGUAACGUCUCCGCCCAAGCCAGAGCUCAAGGCCGGAUAACCAGUGGGACUGCCAGCUAAGCGGGCCCCCGCCCUCCCACGGCCCGGACAAAUGGCGGGAGGGAGGAAGUGUGCAGCUGGGAAGCUCCGCCGCUCUCGCCCGGGUUCCCCGUUUUCCCCGACUGAGACUGCAAGGAAAGUUAGUGCGGAAAUCUGCACCCACCUUAAACCCGGCCGGUCCCAGGAACUUCCCCCGCCGCUGGGACCAAAGGCCAGGAUGGAGAAGUCACCAGAGGGCGCGCUCCCGGACCCGGGUCGCCACGCGGGGACCGCCUCGCUGCAGCGCCCUCUGUCGGCAGCGUACGUAUUUGAGUACGGCCCGCAUCUUUCUGCCUGUAGUACUUGGUGUAGGUGUUCGUGUUAAUGUUCCUGUUCGUGUGCAGAUGGGUGUCGGGGUGUCUAACGCCGGUGUACGCCUUUGCACUCCUCUUAGCAAUGUCAAAUUCAGCUGGAAAUUUCUAGAUAGUUCUGCUAACUCUGUGCAUCUGUGUAGAGCUCCUAGGGACAUAGAUUUGUGUGAAAAUGAGUGUGAAGAUAUAGUCUGGGUGCCCAAAGUGGUGUGCCUUGAGUGUGGCAUCAGUUGUAUAUAUGCCUGUGGAUAUUUCACUUUCUGCUCCCAUCCAUCUAUGAGUGAGUACCUAUGAGCAUAGGCAGUAUUCCUACAGAUUUGAAUGUUAUUAGUAAUACACACAUUUAUCAUCUUCCGAAGGCUGUGUCUGUAUGAAUGUGCAUGUGUGUGUGUGGCGCAUGAAGCACAAGGGAUGGUAAAAGUGUGUUUCUGAAAUCCAGAUGUUACAGGAGUAAUGUGGGGGGAGGAUGCUCCGGACAUACUAAAUCUUUUGCACUUCAUCUCAUCCUCUUUAACCUCAGGAGAACCAUAGAUUUUGCUUUUGGACCCUCUAGCAUACAACUGCUGGAUCCUGUCCUGAACUCAUCCUCCUGUGUGACCUCUCCUUGGCCUUCUUUCUCCUCUAGUCUGUGGAGCCCAGGGAGGCUGCCUGUUACUGUCUCUAACCACCUUGGCCAUUAUGUCAACCCAAAGAAGUGACCAUCCCAUCUCCUUCCUUUUUCCCCACCCAAAAGUCAUUUCCUCUUAGUUCAUUACCUGGGAUUUUGAUGCCUGUGUUCCCUCUGCCUUAUUGAUACACACAGAGAAAAAAAAAAAAGGAACUUCUUGAAAUUCCCCAGAAGGUUGUGAGAGUUGUUUUCAGUGUUGCAACUUGGAACAAGUCAGUUUCUAGUUUAAGUUUCCAUCAGAAAGCUUGGUAGGAGUAGGGUAUAUAAGCUCCAAUAGUAGCAGCAGCAGAAGAAGAAACAAACGGUUUCAGACCCAGGGAACACUGCAGCCUGACCAGAAGCAAGAUGUACCCUCAGCAGUUGGUUGUCUCCUGGUUUUCCCUGGUUUUGCUGGCAUCUCCCAUCAUGGCUAUAUGGGAACUGGAGAAAAAUGUUUAUGUUGUAGAAUUGGAUUGGUAUCCUGACGCCCCUGGAGAAAUGGUGGUUCUCACCUGCGAUACCCCUGAAGAAGAUGGCAUCACCUGGACCUCAGACCAGAGUGAUGAGGUCUUGGGUUCUGGCAAAACCUUGACCAUCCAAAUCAAAGAGUUUGGAGAUGCUGGGCAGUACACCUGUCACAAAGGAGGCGAGGUUCUGAGCCAUUCGCUCCUGCUGCUUCACAAAAAGGAAGAUGGAAUCUGGUCCACUGAUAUCUUAAAGGACCAGAAAGAGCCCAAAAAUAAGAGCUUUAUAAAAUGUGAGGCAAAGAAUUAUUCCGGACAUUUCACCUGCUGGUGGCUGACAGCAAUCAGUACUGAUUUGAAAUUCAGUGUCCAAAGCAGCACAGGCUCCUCUGACCCCCGAGGGGUGACGUGUGGAGCAGCGACGCUCUCAGCAGAGAGGGUCAGAGUGGACCACAGGGAGUAUAAGAAGUACACAGUGGGGUGUCAGGAGGGCAGCGCCUGCCCAGCAGCCGAGGAGAGCCUGCCCAUUGAGGUCGUGGUGGAAGCUGUUCAUAAGCUCAAGUAUGAAAACUACACCAGCAGCUUCUUCAUCAGGGACAUCAUCAAACCAGACCCACCCAAGAACCUGCAGCUGAAGCCAUUAAAGAAUUCCCAGCAUGUGGAGGUCAGCUGGGAGUACCCUGACACCUGGAGCACCCCACAUUCCUACUUCUCCCUGACAUUUUGUGUUCAGGUCCAGGGCAAGAACAAGAGAGAAAGGAAAGAUAAACUCUUCACGGACAAAACCUCAGCCAAGGUCACGUGCCACAAAAAUGCCAACAUCCGCGUGCAAGCCCGGGACCGCUACUACAGCUCAUACUGGAGCGAAUGGGCAUCUGUAUCCUGCAGUUAGGUUUUAACCUCAGGAUGAAACUUUGGAAGAAAAGUGGAAGACAUUAUGCUAAAUUUUUAAAAGGUACAAUGGAACAGGACCCUCCCCCUAAAGAUAUUUUCUACCAAUUUGCUUUUUUUUUUUUUUACGAUUAUAAAGAUGUCUUUGCUGUAUUUUUAUAUUUAAAUGCUAAAUGCCCACCGAAACAAUCAGCUAAUUUAUUUAUACAGUUUACAGCUAGCAGGUCACAGCUGACUUUUAUGUUAUUUACCUAUUUAAGUAAUUUAUGUAUUUAUUAAUUUAUUACUGUUAUUUAACAUUUGUGUGCCAAGAUAUAUGUUUCAUAUACUCAUGACCUGAUUUAUAAGGAAUGGGCCCUAUUAUGCAAAAUGUGAAUUUAUGUGUUAUUUAUACUGACAACUUUUCAAUCGAGGCAGGCUGCAAGUGCAUCAGUUUUAUGGCAACCAGUAAGAACACAGUGUUCUGAUGCCAGCGCCAUAAUAUAUUUGUAAUGGAUUAGAACACAAGAGAUAGUUAAAUAGACAUGGAGAUACAAACUCUUUGAGGAGGUCCUGGAGAGCAGAUAUUAGUUCCCGUGUCCAUGAAGACUUCCUUGAAGUAGUGGUGAUAAUUCAGAGCUGUUUGCACCUCUGAACAAGUUUAGUCUUUGGAUGCCUGAAAUUAGAAAGAGCUAAAAAUGAUGAUUGGAAUUGAAAUUCAGCUUCACCCUUCCUGACAGCCCCUGCCCCCUUCUAUCUGUAAGACGAAGGAGAAUGACGUGGAGAUAUCGUAAGUGCCUGGAAAGUAAAAAGAUCUUAUGAUUCAAGAGAGAAGACAAGUGUAGUUAUGGCUAAGGACAAAAUUGUCAGAAUUGCCAGUUGUUCCUUAAUAGGCACACAAAGAAGCAGACAGAUGCGGAGAAAACAGCCAUGAAUCUCUUACUUGUUAGCAUGAGGGAACACGACAAGCGGAUACGACUAGAAAGUUCCGAGCCAUUAAAAUGCUACUUUUAAGUAAUGAAUGUGCUUUUUGUAAAAUGAUUCCAUUUAUUUUCUGUUUACUUAUUUAUUUUUAUAUUCUGAUGGUGAAUAAAAAUAUAACUCUUCUUUGCAAUAAUAUUUUGGGCUUUCUCAGUUGACUGGGUAUCCUGUUCCCACGCUUACCAGGGCUGUGUUAUUUUUCCCUUACCAUUGAAGGACUGCCCCACCAUGAAG